AUGCCAAAAGGAAGCUGUGUUUGUGGCGACUGGACGUAUGAGUACGAGGGCGAGCCAGCGGGCGUGGCGGUGUGUUACUGCAAGCCGUGCCAGAAAACCGCAGGUGCUAAUGGAUCCUACAACUUCUUGGUGCCCGCCGACAAGUUCAAGAAACUCUCCGGAAAGGACUUUCUGUAUUCAAGGGAGGGUGAUUCAGGAAAGCCCGUGAAUUACCAGAACUGCGGUCGGUGUGGCACCAUCAUGGUGGCUGAUAUCGAGGCGAUGCCUGGUAUUAAGCUCGUCAAGGCGGGCACUGUUGACGAUGCUGAUGCCAUCACAAAAGGGGCACCGGUUGUCGAGCUGUACACCAGAAGCCGACCAGGUUGGUGCAGCCCAUGGAAAGGCGCAGAUCAGAAGGAGACCUCGUAG